AUUAAUCGUCAAUUAUUUAUUUAUUUACAUCCAUAAGAAAAAUGAGGGAAAAAAAAUGGACAAAACGAGUUUUACACAGAAGUCUCCUCCUCGGACUCCCCACCCGCGCCAUCGCGUCUCGGAGUUGCCUCCUGCGAAAGCAGCGUCCACUAAUAUGGCUUCCCUCAGCGUGUAGUAUCUCACACGCUUCUUACCUUCCGAAAUCCAAGCCCUAACUUUGCCCCAACACCAAGCGAUAGUAUCUGAUCCCGAUCCGAUCGAAGUCUUGGAACCUAGGCUUUUCUCCGUGAUUCUGCUCUUCUCCGAGGUGGUCAAUGGAGGAUCGGCCAUGGCCCCUUUUUCUUUUCUUCCUAAUACCUUAUUCCCUCGCCUCAAUUUGCAAGGAGAACACCACCCUCUCCGGUUUCAGUUCAGACCUCUCCAUGGUCCAGCACCAGCUCCGCGGCGUCGUCCGCAUCCUUGACGGAUGCUCCUUCUCCGUCAGCCAAUUCGAUAUGCUCCCUGGAUCUGAUCGUGUGCGGUGGUGGGGCGCCUCUGGUGAUUCAUUCCACAACCUCACCUUAGGCUUCCAGAUCUCAAAUAUGAACCUCAACCACACCUAUGGCAACGAAUCCUUCACCGUCCGCCUCCUUCCGAACGUCUCCUGGGACCAGAUGUCCGUUCUAGCCGUCUGGGACGAGCCUACCGCUUCCGAUUUCGGUCACCUCCUACUCGGUUCCAACUACUCUGAUAUACUCACGCCGACUCCCGAUAUUUCCCCUGCCCCUUCACCGAACUCCGAUUCUAUUGAUGCUCCGCCAACCAGCAGGCGGUCUAUCUACACACAGCCCACGAUGUUCGAUAAUUGCCUGGCUUUGUCGCCUGAUUACCGUCUCCGUUGGACACUUCUAUCGGAAUCCAACUCCAUUGCCAUUGGCCUUGAAGCUGCCGUUGGCUCGCAGUACUACAUGGCGUUUGGGUGGGCGGAUCCUGGUGCUGCAACUCCUACCAUGAUGCAUGCUGAUAUUGUCGUGGCUGGGUUUAGUGAGGAGGGAAUUCCUUUUGCAGAGGACUAUUUCAUCACUGAAUACAGUGAGUGUCUUCUUAACAAAGAUGGGAAGGUUGAGGGUGUCUGCCCGGACACCAUCUAUGAGGGCUCCGAUCCUAUUGGAUUGGUGAACAACACCAAAUUGGUCUAUGGACACCGGCGGGAUGGCAUUGCUUUUGUGAGGUAUGAGCGUCCCAUUGUUUCUAGGGAUGAGAAGUAUGACAUUCCUGUGAACAAGACUGGUAAUAUGAGUGUGAUUUGGGCGCUAGGUCUAAUCAGACCACCAGAUACUCUCCAUCCUUACUACCUUCCCCAGAAUCAUGGUGGUCCAAAGCUCACCACUUAUGGCUUCUUUACCCUUAAUUUGUCAAAGGAGGUCAAUGAAUGCGCUGGGCCAUUGGAUGCAAAAGACAAGGAAGACCAGGAUCUGAUCAUAGCUGAUGGGAAGACGCCACUGAUUGUGACAGCAGGCCCUGCAUUGCACUACCCGAACCCUCCUAACCCAGAUAGAGUUAUUUACAUCAACAAGAAGGAGGCUCCUCAUCUAAGAGUAGAAAGGGGUGUUCCAGUAACCUUUUCAAUACAAGCGGGUCAUGAUCUUGCGCUUUACAUUACAUCAGAUCCUAUUGGGGGGAAUGCAUCUUCUCGUAAUAUGUCAGAGACCAUCUUUGCUGGUGGAGUUGAUGCUGAAGGUGUUCCAGCCAGUCCAAAGGAGUUAAUUUGGGCUCCUGACAGGAAUACUCCAGACCAAGUUUAUUAUCAGUCAUUCUUUGAGCAGAAAAUGGGUUGGAAAGUUCAGGUGGUUGAUGGCGGGCUAUCUGAUAUGUACAACAAUAGUGUUUUGUUGGAUGAUCAGCAGGUAACAUUAUUCUGGACUUUAUCUGAUCAUUCAAUUACUCUUGCAGCUCGUGGUGAGAAAAAGAGCAGUUACCUUGCAAUUGGGUUUGGGAGUGGGAUGGUCGACAGCUAUGUAUAUAUUGGUUGGAUAGAUGAUGUUGGUGUUGGACAUGUUAACACUUAUUGGAUUGAUGGAAAAGAUCCAUCAAGUGUUCAUCCAACUUCUGAAAACUUAACCUAUGUGAGAUGCAGGUCAGAAAAUGGCAUCAUAACCUUUGAGUUUACUAGACCUCUCAAUCCUUAUUGUAAUGGAAGGGUUGAGUGUAAGAAUAUAAUUGAUCCAACUACCCCUUUAAAGGUAAUAUGGGCCAUGGGUGCUCGAUGGUCAGCAGAACGUUUAAGUGAGAAAAAUAUGCAUUCUGUAACUAGCAGCAAGCCAGUUCGUGUCUUGCUACUUCGAGGUUCAGCAGAGGCAGAGCAGGAUUUGCGCCCAGUUCUUGCUGUUCAUGGCUUCAUGAUGUUUAUUGCUUGGGGCAUCUUACUACCAGGGGGGAUAAUGGCUGCAAGAUACUUGAAACAUGUUAAAGGUGAUAGUUGGUAUCAGACACAUGUCUACCUACAGUACUCAGGGAUAGCUAUAGUCUUGCUUGGUGUUCUAUUUGCUGCUGCUGAACUCCGAGGGUUUUAUAUAAGUUCACCACAUGUCAAGUUUGGGGUGGCAGCUAUAGUUUUGGCUUGUAUACAGCCAAUAAAUGCAUAUUUGAGGCCUAAGAGGCCGACUAAUGGAGAGGCUCUCUCUCGAAGGAGGGUCAUUUGGGAAUAUUUUCAUGCUGUUACUGGAAGGUUUGCUAUUCUUGCUGGAAUUGUGGCUCUCUUUACUGGGAUGAAGCAUCUGGGAAACAGAUACGAUAGUGAGAAUGUUGAGGGGCUUACUUGGGCCUUGAUAAUUUGGUUUCUUCUUGUUUCUCUUUUAGUUUUGUAUCUUGAGUAUCUGGAAGUACAACGGAGCAGAAAAGAUAGGGACUCCUUAAGAGGUAAUUGGGUUUUGGGUAAUGAUGAAGAAGAUGAUUCGGUUGACCUGUUACAUCCUAAGAGAACAUCCCCCAGGCCGGACUAUGUUUCAUCCACGAGAAUGGAAGUUCAACUCGAACCAAUCAGAUGAUUGGGUGUGUAUUUUAUAUUAUACAAUUUAUAUACACCAGAAAUGCUUCAGCUGCAGGAAUUUUGUUUAUAGAGGAUGCCUGACAGAAUAUGAUCCUUCUGAUAGAAAGAUCAUCGGCACUUGUGUGUUCCAAGGGCAAUGCCUUCAACCAUAUCUUCAGUCGAAUUCAACAC